AUGUCAGAUAAGUUAGCAGCCAGACAAAGAUUCCUCGAUGUUUUCGAAGGUUUAGUCGAAGAAUUGAAAGAAAUUCUUAUUUCUUAUAAGAUGCCGCAAGAAGCCAUUGAUUGGUUUGUCAAAAACUUAGAUUACAAUACUCCAGGUGGGAAAUUAAACAGAGGUUUAUCUGUAGUCGACACUUAUGCUAUCUUAAACAAAACUACUUCUGAUAAAUUAUCUGAUGACGAAUAUAAGAAGGUUGCUAUUUUAGGUUGGGCUAUUGAAUUAUUACAAGCUUAUUUCUUGGUUGCUGAUGAUAUGAUGGAUCAAUCCAAGACUAGAAGAGGUCAACCAUGUUGGUAUUUAGUUGAAGGGGUUAACAAUAUUGCCAUUAAUGAUUCUUUCAUGUUGGAAGGUGCCAUUUAUGUUUUAUUGAAAAAACAUUUCCGUAAUGAUUCUUACUAUGUUGAUUUAUUGGAUUUAUUCCAUGAAGUCACUUUCCAAACUGAAUUAGGUCAAUUAUUAGAUUUGGUCACUGCUGAUGAAGAAGUUGUUGAUUUAGAUAAGUUCUCCUUGGAUAAGCAUUCAUUUAUUGUUAUUUUCAAGACUGCUUAUUAUUCAUUCUAUUUACCAGUUGCUUUAGCCAUGUAUAUGAGUGGAAUCAGUAAUGAACAAGAUUUAAAACAAGUUAGAGAUAUCUUGAUUCCAUUAGGUGAAUAUUUCCAAAUUCAAGAUGAUUAUUUGGAUUGUUUUGGUACACCUGAACAAAUUGGUAAAAUUGGUACUGAUAUUAAAGAUAAUAAAUGUUCUUGGGUUGUUAAUCAAGCUCUUUUACAUGCUACUCCAGAACAACGCAAAUUAUUGGAUGAAAACUACGGUAAGAAGGAUGAUGUCUCUGAACAAAAGUGUAAAGAUUUAUUCCAUGAAAUGGGAAUUGAAAAGAUUUAUCAUGAUUAUGAAGAAUCUAUUGUUGCCAAAUUAAGACAACAAAUUGAUCAAAUUGAUGAAUCUAGAGGUUUAAAGAAAGAUGUCUUGACUGCUUUCUUAGCCAAGGUCUACAAGAGAUCUAAGUAA